UAUAUUUCACAUACCUCUAAUCACUGCAUGAAAUUUUAAUUGGGCAGCCGUUGUGGUUUGAAUGAAGUGUUAAUUCAUUGGGAUUAAUUUAGGUAAAGACUGUGUACAAGGUUACACUGGUGUAUUAAAUCAAUUUGUUUAGUGCUCAUCUGGCCAUGAUGGUCUUUAAUGAUAGAGCAGCAGGCUCUUUUGUUUCCAAGGGUUAAUAUGAGGGACACAUUUAAAGAUUUGGUGUAAACAACUGAUCAAUUCAAAUUAGUAAUAUUUCUAUAUUUGAAAUUGCUUUGCUGAGCCUCUUUCAUAAUGAAGCUAAUUAGUUUUCAGAAUUUUGUCUUGUUUAACCAAAUAAUUCCAUAGGAGACAAAAAAAUAAAAUCCCAGGGAUGGUAGCAGCACAAAUAAACCGCGUUAAGUCAAUGGUUAACGGCCUUAAAGUAAAGAAUAAGGCCUUACAGGCAUUGGGACUGUGGCUGGAUGGAGAGGAGAGAGCCCCUAAAAAAACGCAGGCGUCUAGUCUCCAGAUGUUAUUGCCUGCCCUGUGAGCAGUUUUUAUCUGUCAGCCUGCUCACUGUUCUGGCAGUUUAUGUCUCGCGAGAGCAGCCGAGCACGGGCUUGACGAGAUCUGAGGCGCUCAGGUGUAAGAGCCUCUCUCAUCCCCAGCAGUGGGAAACAGUAGACAGAUAAGUGCGUCUGAGAGACUGCAGGCAUCUCUGUGAUCUCCGGGCUCAAGGCUGCUGCUCGGCGCACUACACAGCGAACUACAGCGCAUCAUUACCGGAUAGGCAAAGGGAUCACUGUGUGUCUAUGACUAUUUUCCAGCUCUUGUAGCCGUUUCCCCCCUUCUUUCCCGUGCACUUUAAUUGGAGAAGCUCGCCAAGAUGAUGUCCAUGAACAGCAAACAGCCGCACUUCGCCAUGCAUCCCUCCUUACCCGAACACAAGUACACCACCCUGCAUUCCAGCUCGGAAGCUAUAAGGAGAGCCUGCCUACAAACUCCACAGCUACAGAGCAACAUAUUCGCCAGCCUGGAUGAGACCCUCCUGGCCCGGGCUGAGGCUCUGGCGGCCGUGGACAUCGCCGUGUCCCAGGGCAAGACGCACCCGUUCAAGCCCGACGCCACCUACCACACGAUGAGCACGGUGCCAUGCUCGUCGACGUCCACCGUGCCACUGGCCCACCACCACCACCACCAUCACCACCACCACCACCAGAACCUGGAGCCCCCGGACAUCAUGGACCACCUCUCCUCGCCGUCUCUCGCCCUCAUGUCCAGCGCGCACGACGGUGCAGGUGGCGGCGGCGGAGGAGGAGGUGGAGGAGGCGGCGGAGGUGGCGGUGGCGGAGGGCUCAUUUCUCACUCCUCCGCGCACCCGCACUCGCACAUGCACGGCCUGGGUCACCUCCACCAGGCCAUGAGCAUGAACUCGCCUCUCACCCACCACGGGCUCUUACCGGGCCAUCACGGCGGCGGUCAAGGCGGCCCGGGGCUCACGAACGCCGCUCCCUCCAUCAAUGACUCGGACACGGACCCAAGGGAGCUGGAGGCUUUCGCGGAGCGCUUCAAGCAGCGGAGGAUCAAGCUGGGGGUGACCCAGGCGGACGUGGGCGGCGCUCUGGCUAAUCUCAAAAUUCCGGCGUGGGGAUCGCUGAGCCAAAGUACAAUUUGUCGAUUCGAGUCCUUAACUCUGUCCAACAACAACAUGAUUGCGCUCAAGCCCAUCCUCCAGGCGCUGGCUGGAGGAGGCCGAGGGGGCCAGAGGGAGAAAAUGAGCAAACCUGACAUUUUCAACGGAGGGGAAAAGAAACGCAAGAGGACCUCGAUAGCGGCGCCGGAAAAGAGAUCUUUGGAGGCCUACUUCGCCGUACAGCCUCGGCCGUCGUCCGAGAAAAUAGCAGCUAUUAGCCGAAAGUUGGACCUGAAAAAAAAUGUGCUGCGAGUGUGGUUUUGUAACCAAAGACAGAAGCAGAAGAGGUUGAAAUUUUCCGCUGCCCACUGAUGAGCAAAGGAGAGGAAAACAAAAAACAAAAACACACACACAGAAAAAAAAAGUUGUGGGGACUGAAUUUGGGGGACCAAGGGACACUAAAGACACCAUUUCAGUCUUUUUGUCUCCAGCGA